GUUCUUCACUCCUAGGCUAUUAGGCUACUAGUAGUAAAAACUCAAACAAACUCAAUUUCACAAACACCACCCAAAAAAUUCCCAAAAAAAAUGGAAUCCAUAGGAGUUCUACUAGCAUGUCCAAUGAAUUCCUACUUAGAAGAAGAACUCAACAAACGUUACAAUCUUUUCCGCUUCUGGAACAUUCCAGACCGUACCCAAUUUCUCUCUCAUCACGCUAACUCCAUUCGCGCCGUCGUCGGAAACGCCUCUGCUGGCGCUGACGCUUCCCUCAUCGGUGCUCUUCCCAAGCUUGAAAUCGUCGCUAGUUUCAGCGUCGGACUUGAUAAAAUUGAUUUGGGGAAAUGCAAAGAAAGAGGAAUUAGGGUUACUAAUACUCCUGAUGUUUUGACUGAUGAUGUUGCUGAUUUGGCAAUUGGGCUUAUGCUUGCUGUUUUGAGGAAGAUUCCUCAGUGUGAUCGUUAUGUUAGAAAUGGAUUGUGGAAGAAAGGGGAUUUUCAAUUGACUACGAGGUUUAGUGGCAAAAAGGUUGGAAUUAUUGGUUUGGGUAGGAUUGGUGCUGCAGUUGCCAAGAGAGCUGAAGCAUUUGACUGUCCAAUUUCUUACUUCUCUCGAACCAAAAAGUCAGAUUCGAGUUACACUUACUAUCCCAGUGUUGUGGAACUUGCCUCUAAUUGUGACAUACUGGUAGUGGCUUGUGCCCUAACUGCAGAAACACGGCAUAUCGUGAACCGUGAAGUCAUGGAUGCUUUGGGUCCUAAGGGUGUUCUGAUUAACAUCGGAAGGGGUCCUCAUGUGGAUGAACCCGAGCUGGUGAAAGCGCUUGCUGAAGGCCGGAUAGCUGGGGCGGGGCUUGAUGUCUUUGAAAAUGAACCUCACGUUCCUGAAGAGAUGUUUAAACUUGAUAACGUAGUACUCUUGCCUCAUGUUGCUAGUGGAACGGUGGAGACCCGCACCGACAUGGCCAAUCUUGUUCUUGGGAAUUUGGAGGCUCACUUCAGUGCCAAACCACUCUUGACACCAGUUGUUUGAUUGUUCUAUGUUACUGUUAGCUAACUUAUUCAUAAAUCUUGAUACUGGGCAUAUAUUUAAAAUUCAAGGCAACAAAUCUUUUUUAAUGAUUCGA